ACACUCACACCACACACACGUGCCACACACACCCACCUUCAAAAAUAAAAAUCUUAAUCUCAUUUCCCCUUCCCAUUCUCCCCCAAUUCCCUUCCUGAAGCCCCCCACCCACCGACCUUCUCUAAUCUUAGCAGCCACCACCACGCAUCAGCGGUGCACCAGACAGACAGAGCAACACCACCCAUGUGCAUUUUUUUCCUAGCUCUACGUGUUAGGCCUAAAAGUGUAAUUAUGGAAUAUUUGAUUUCCAUUGUGACUCACUGUACGGCUACGGCUAGGGCGAAGAAAAAUCCCAAACUCAAAGAAGGUUUGAAAUGGAAGCUGAAGAAGUAGUACUUGAAGAAUUACUCAACGUUGAAGUUGAGAUUCACGAGGUUGAAGAACAAAUAUCGGUGUUGCUUGAAAAACAAGAGGGACUAUAUCAGAGACAAUCAGAACUAAAGACCCUGCUGGAAGCAGCGAAAGGGUCCACGAACAAUGUUAAUGAUAGUACUCCAACUGUUGUAGAAAAUUGGUCUGGGUCUUUUGAGUGGGAUUCUGAAGCUGAUGAUAUUAGAUUCAAUAUCUUUGGCAUAUCCUCUUAUCGUGCCAAUCAACGAGAGAUCAUAAAUGCUGUCAUGAGUGGAAGAGAUGUCCUAGUGAUUAUGGCUGCGGGUGGUGGGAAGAGCCUCUGUUAUCAGCUUCCAGCACUUCUUCGCAAUGGAGUUGCCCUUGUUGUCAGUCCCCUACUUUCACUAAUCCAGGAUCAGGUGAUGGGCUUGGCUGCUUUAGGAAUUUCGGCAAAUAUGUUGACGUCAACUACUAGUAAGGAGGAGGAGAAAUUUAUUUACAAGGCCCUUGAAAAGGGUGAAGGAGACUUGAAAAUAUUGUACGUGACACCAGAGAAGGUAUCAAAGAGCAAGAGAUUUAUGUCAAAGCUUGAAAAGUGCCACCAUGCUGGUCGUCUCGCUUUGAUUUCAAUUGAUGAGGCACACUGCUGCAGCCAAUGGGGUCAUGAUUUUCGACCUGACUAUAAAAACCUUGGCAUCCUUAAGACUCAAUUUCCCAAUGUUCCCAUGAUUGCUCUGACUGCAACAGCUACACAAAAGGUUCAAUAUGAUUUGAUGGAGAUGCUCCACAUUCCAAAGUGUGUCAAAUUUGUCAGCACUGUCAAUAGGCCAAAUCUCUUUUAUAUGGUACGAGAAAAAUCAUCUGUUGGGAAGGUGGCUAUUGAUGAAAUUUCGGAGUUCAUUCAAGAAAAUUAUAUAAAUAAUGAAUCUGGGAUAGUUUAUUGCUUCUCUAGAAAGGAAUGUGAACAGGUUGCAAAGGAGUUAAGGACAAGAGGAAUUUCAGCUGAUUAUUAUCAUGCAGAUAUGGAUGCCAAUGCCCGUGAGAAAGUUCAUACUCGGUGGAGCAAGAAUAAGUUGCAGGUCAUCGUUGGCACGGUAGCUUUUGGCAUGGGAAUCAAUAAGCCAGAUGUCAGGUUUGUCAUCCAUCACAGCUUGAGUAAAUCAAUGGAAACAUACUACCAGGAAAGUGGUCGAGCUGGACGAGAUGGGCUCCCUUCUCAAUGCCUACUUUACUUCAGGCCGGGGGACGUUCCCAGGCAGAGUUCGAUGGUUUUUUAUGAAAAUUCAGGAUUGCAGAAUCUUUAUGACAUAGUACGAUAUUGUCAGACAAGAAGACAAUGUCGUCGAAGUUCCUUUUUUCGACAUUUUGCUGAGCCACUUCAGGACUGUAAUGGUAUGUGUGACAACUGUGCAUUCUCAAGUGAGAUUAGAACAGUGGAUGUCUCUCGUCAUGCGAAAUUAAUGGUUUCUGUACUGCAAGACACACUGGAAAAUGAUCAGAGAUUAACAAUGUUGCAGCUGAUUGAUAAAAUGAAAACUAAACACAAAAAAGAAGAUCCUGAUUUAAAGAAAGAAGAAAUGGAACAGCUUGUCAUACAGCUUAUCUUAGAUCGCGUUUUGAAAGAAGAAUUUCAGCAUACAGCUUAUUCCACAAAUGCUUAUGUAACAUUAGGACCCUUGGCUAGACAAGUAUUGCAAGGGAAGAGAAACGUUACGCUUGAGUUAUGUAUUGGACAAAAAAGAGUAGCUCGAAUGAAGUCGGUUAAACAAAGUCUUCAAUAUUCUGGCUUGGAAUUAAAGCUUGAUGAGUUGAGAAGAGAGCUCUCUUCUAUCCAUGGAGGAAUAUUUCCCCAUUCAAUCUUGUCUACUCAACAAAUCAGCAUCUUAAGUGAGCAGAAGCCUAAUUCUAUGGAAGAGUUGGAGAAGAUGAUUGGAAAAGUGAAAACAGAGAAGUAUGGUAGUAGAAUUCUUGAACAAAUAAGCAAAUAUUCAGAUAUGGCUGAAAAUUAUGAGAAGAAAGAAGAAGCAAGUGAAGAGAGAGCAACAAAGAGAUUGAAGACCAAGAAAGCCAUAGUUGUUAAAAUAGAUAGUAGUAGUGAUGAUGAUUUUCAAGAUCCAUAAAUGGAAAAACUUCUAUUGUUUCCUUCCAUUGGUACCCUUUGGCUUCUUGUUACAUUUUUUCUUUAAAUUAUUAUUAUUAUUAUAUAUAAUUUUUUAAAAGAACUUUUGUCUUACCAUUGACAAAAGUCAAAGGAGAUAAUGAGAGGAAAGGAAAAAAAUUAAGGUCG